GGAGCCGUGAGAGUGUGUGUGUGUGUGUGUUUGUGUGCGCGUGUGUGUGACUGCCAAUUUUUCUGAAGUGUUCAGUGUACAUUAUUCUUCCUCCUCCCCUCCCCCCUCUUUUCUUCAGUCUCCUCCUUCCUCUCUUAAUUCUCACUCACUCCAUUAUCUUGUUCAUCUGCACAUUUCGCCUUUUCUCACAUGAAUGGUCCGCCUUUUCUUGAGCUCCGCGCCUGUGUGUGUGUAGACCUCUUCUAUUGAAGGCUGUUUGAACACCUCAUUUGCCGAGACAGAAAUAGAUCUCUCUCUCGUUCGAGGGCUAGCAAGGACAUGACACAUAAUUCUUUAUUAUUGUGACUCUGAUACUGAAGGCUGUUCAUUGAAGCGCACGCACAAAGAGGGAUUCAUGUAGAGGCACAUCUACACACACAAUUGGACUCACACACAGGUGACAGGCGCACCUCCUGAUAGGGGCUGGAAAAGACCGUUCUAGAAGGAAGAGUCAAGGCUGCGGGCCAUGUCUCUUGGUGACAUCAAAGAUUUAGGAUCUGAGUCAAUCCUUUUGAGGGAUUUUUCUCAAUGUCUGCCAAGAGCCGGAGUGUCCAAGGUAUUAGACCACCUAUCAUGAACGGGCCGAUGCAUCCCCGGCCCUUGGUGGCUCUCCUGGACGGGCGAGACUGCACGGUGGAGAUGCCCAUCCUGAAAGACGUGGCAACUGUGGCCUUUUGUGACGCUCAGUCAACUCAAGAGAUCCAUGAGAAAGUGCUGAACGAAGCGGUCGGCGCGCUGAUGUAUCACACCAUCACCUUGAUGAGAGAAGACCUGGAGAAGUUCAAAGCUCUGCGCAUCAUUGUUCGCAUAGGCAGCGGCUAUGACAACAUUGAUAUCAAAUCUGCCGGCGAGUUAGGAAUAGCUGUUUGCAACAUGCCGGCAGCCUCGGUGGAGGAGACGGCCGACUCCACUUUGUGUCACAUCCUCACCCUCUAUCGUCGCACCACUUGGCUGCACCAGGCGCUGCGAGAGGGCACAAGGGUUCAGAGUGUUGAGCAGAUUAGAGAAGUAGCUUCAGGAGCAGCGAGGAUCAGAGGAGAGACACUGGGACUCAUCGGGCUUGGUCGGGUGGGUCAGGCUGUGGCCCUGAGAGCCAAGGCCUUUGGCUUCAACGUCAUUUUCUAUGAUCCGUAUUUGGCCGACGGAGUGGAAAGAUCCCUGGGCCUGCAGAGGGUCACCACACUACAGGACCUGCUCUUCCACUCCGACUGUGUUUCUCUUCACUGCAGUCUGAACGAACACAACCACCACCUGAUCAAUGACUUCACCAUCAAGCAGAUGCGUCAAGGUGCUUUCCUGGUGAACACAGCUCGAGGCGGCCUGGUGGAUGAGAAGGCCUUCGCUCAAGCUCUGAAGGACGGCAGGAUACGAGGCGCCGCUCUGGACGUCCACGAGUCUGAGCCUUUCAGUUUCAGUCAGGGACCACUGAAGGAUGCUCCCAAUCUGAUCUGCACCCCACAUGCAGCCUGGUACAGUGAACAGGCCUCACUGGAGAUGAGAGAGGAGGCAGCCAGGGAGAUCAGAAGGGCCAUUACAGGUCGUAUACCAGACAGCUUGAAGAACUGCGUGAAUAAAGAGUUCCUCACUCAGAACAACCACUGGACGGGAAUCGACCCUGCAACAGUCCACCCUGAACUCAAUGGAGCUUAUAGGUACCCACCCGGCGUGGUGAACCUUCCCGCAGGUGGCCUCCCUCCCCCGGUUGAGGGCAUCGUACCCAGCGCGGUGCCCAUCACCCACACACUCCCACCAGCCGUCACGCACCCUCCACACGCCCCGUCGCCGGGACAGAACACAGUGAAGCCACCAGAAGGCGACAGAGAGCAGCAUGCGAAUGAGCAGCUCUAACCACAAACACUUGACCGUCGGACAGAUCAUGAACUGACACUUGUAAAUGGUUCCCAGCGGUGAUUUCAACCCCCAAAGACAAUGGUAACAAAGAAGAGCAGUCAGAGACACACGUGAACAGACUCAAGGCCUCAAUAGCCAAACAUCUAUGGUCAGUUUUGCUGAAAUCCCUGCCAGACGUUUCAAAACAAGUGUUGCUUUAGAAGGAAAAAUACUGCUGUUUUAGACUGUAGUGUGUCUGAGGCUAGAGGGACAGCUUGAACGUCUUUCUCUCUUUCUAUGUGUCCUUACCUUAGUUCGGUGUACAUGCAAGAGUAGUAGGAUAUGAAACGAAUGUAACCCGUCUGUGUACAUUUUUCCACAGUUGUAAUCCAGUCUUAAAGAAAAAAAAAGGGUCAAAGGGUUACAGCGUAUGUCCCAUGUGGCCAAACAGGUUUGCGAAAAUCUCUGUUCUGAAAAUUAACUAACCCCUAAAAAACGAGGCAGCUUUUUUUUUUUGCACACCAUCUCAGGAAAUUAAGUUUCCGCUCUUGGUUUAUUUUGUUUUGAUGCCACAUAGUGCUUUUGUUUUUCUACCUGCUUGCCUUUUCGUGUCCUGCUAUUUCUGAGGAAAAAUACUUUGGCGGGGUUAACGUCAGUCCUGCUAAAGGGGCAACUGACUCUGAUCUUGGGACUGAACCUGUAUUUAAGGGAUUUGUGAGAGGAGGGGGCAAAAUGGUAUGCUUGACUUGAACUAUCUUCUCUUCAUGCUGUCCUUUCACAUGAAAUUUGGAAAUUUGAAUGAUGUUAAAACCUCCUCUUUAACACAGGACGCAGCACUAAUGAAUACAAGGCUAUUAUUUUAGCCACCACUGAACACACAAAAUAACCAUGGACUAUGCUUGAAUCCAGAAAUGGUCACUAAAAUUAUAAUAAAAAAACAUUUGGAUCUUAUUUAUUUUAAGUAUUUAAGGGAAGUAAAUAAAUGCUGACUCAUCAGAAAGUCAAAUUUAACUAUAAGCUCAAUUUUUGGAACUAGUGAUCAGAGCAAUGCCUACAACAGGAUUACUGUGUUAAAAUUAUGUUAUGCUUGAUGGUCAAUUCAGAACAGGUUAGCACAGUUGAAGCACAUUCUUGCCCAUGAAUGGAUUAAUACAGUGUGUAUUUUCAACUGUAGCGUCACUACUGCACCACCAAAUGAAAUCCCUGGCUGAAUACCAGAAGUAGUUGCAAUAAACUCUUGGUACUUUUCUGUUCAUUCAGCACACAUACAGCAUUGUAAGGCAACAUAUAAAUAUCUAAAACAGGGGUCUCAAUCCGGUCCUCAAAGGGCCACAGUGAGUGCAGGUUUGUGUUCCAGCCUUUUCACCAGAGUCAGGAGUGUGAAGACUGUAAACAUAUGAUUGUCAGUCAGGUGCUGCUUGUGUCAGCUGCACCCACUGUGGCCCCUUUGUGCAUCAGUUCGAGAGCCGUGAUCGAAAAUAACAGAAAGCAAAGAUGCACAGGGACUUCAAGAAGUGGAAAAAAAGUUUCACUUCCUGCGGUCUGGAAUCCCUUUAACAUUUCACGAUGGUUUCUAAUCCUGUGUACUAUUACGCCGCCCGCUGUGGCCUCCGUGUCUAUGUGUACAUAUGGUGUUCUGCCUGCUCGUGUCAAUGUGACUUGGUUGUAUAUGUGUCUGAAAAAGCAGUGCUGGUAGGAGGGAUCUGGAAUUGUUCCAUCAAAAUGAAACUUAAAAAAAGCCAAAUGCGCCAAAUACACGAUUGAAAUUGUCCCUUCUGCCAGCAGCUGAGUGGUCAAACAGUUCACUGUUGCCUAGCAGGUUGUGAAUCGGGGACGGACAUUUCACAAGCCACUGAAAAAAUAUGUCACAAACCAGAUGAAAAUAUUAGACAAAACAUCACCGGAGUUACUAAGAGUCCUAAUCCACUCUCUGAGCAGCUCUGUGAGACUCCAUCCCUGGUUGAACCACACAGUCCACUGUUGCCUAUCUUGGUCCCCUUCAUGGUAAAGUAGUACGCGUAGCAAUAUACAGUAUACAUAUAUAUUAUAUAUUCUACAGUAAAUAUUAUUUUUGGUCGAAACGGAAGCCCUGACAAAGAUAUGUUUGUGGACGUAUGCAUUUGUAUGAAUUAUUUUAAAAGGAAAUAAACUGUGGGAAAGUGA